AUGUCUGAGCCUGAUGGGCAUAACGGGUUUUGCCGUAUCCCGUUAUCCAACGAACUCCAAGAAAUUCUUCACGCCUCUGAACAGUCUUCAAACAGGACCGAGCCAGAAAAGGUCUCUAGGCAAGAUAUCGAUCUGGGAGAGCUCCCGUGGGGACCCGAAAAGCAGGAUGUUGCGCGCAAGAUUCUCGAAGAGCUGGGACCUCACGUUAAGAACUGGCCCGGGAAGGAAGACCUGCCAAAAAGCUGGGAGGGGAAGGAUUUUGUACUCUACAAAGGGGCGUUGUUGACCCCGAAGAACCAAAGGGACAUCUACAUCGCUCGGCCAUUCUCUGGGUCUACAGGGGUCAAGGUGGUCAUACACAAUAAGGCGACGGACGCAGUAAAACCAUUGGAGUGGAGCGAAUCUUCCGCUUUUGCAUUGAUGCUUGAGGCAAACGUUCGCAUCGCUAUGCUCUGCGGGCCACCGAUUAGAUUCUUCCUGUUAGGUGUGAAAUGCACGCAGCAAGCAGAAUAG